AUGUCAGUUACAGACAAACUAACCGUAUUGCAUAACUUGUUAAAGAUUCUCACAUUUCUAUCAAUAUGGAUGUUUGCUCUAUAUGCCGCAGUCACUAUGACGGGAAGCUCCGAGAUUCAGAAUCCAUCAGUAGACACUCUUGAGAUUCCAAAAACUACCACGCCUCCAGAACUUCCGAAACCAGAAUUUCUUGUCGCCGAGCCCAGAAAAGUUUGCAAGUCACCAGAAUGUAUUCAUUUAGCUCAUCAGUUGCACAACUGGCGAGACAUCUCUGUGGAUCCAUGUGAAGACUUUUAUAAGGCGGCGUGCGGGAAGUAUAACGAGGACACGCUGGUUCAGGGGCCAAGAUUGGUGAAGAAAACAAGAAUUGUUCAGCAGCUUGUGAAUGCAUUUCUCAAAGAAAAGAAAUCCAUCAAUUCUACUUCCAAGUCAGAGCAAGCGCUGAAAACGUUUUCCGACUUGUGUAAACAAUGGGUUGUUCUGAAACAUGCGGAUCGUGUCAAGCAGCAAACGACGACCAGGAAUGAGCUCCUUAAAAAAAUUGGUUCAGUACCUGCAUUUGAUAAAAAUUGGAAAGAAUCCAAUUUCGAUUUGAAUGAAAUGCUAUAUAAAACUGCCUUGCUGGGAAAGCAGAAUCUUGUAUUUUUCUCAAUGAAAAUUGAAAAUAGUAAACGAGCAGUUAUUGAGAAGGAUUAUACUAUACCAGAAUUGCUUCUUGGUUAUCAAAAAGAGGACGCAUUGAAAAAUUCUGGAUUAAAACCGGAAGACCAAGUGAUUGAAGAAGAUUUUAAAAAUGUGGAAAAGCUGAACAAUGAAUUGAUGAAGUUCAAUGACCUUGCUGAUCUAGAAGAAGUACCACUUUCACAACUUCAAACCUCCGUACCCAGCUUGAAUUUCAAAAAAAUAUUGAAAGGACUAUUUAAUCAAAAUCUCAAGAAUGAGGUUUGGGAUAAUAUAAAAAACAAGAUCGCCGUUCCAAAAUCUUCGUAUUUUUUCAAUAAGACUUAUAAUCUGGAAACAAUUCUGAAAUCCACACCAAAACGAGUUCUAGCCAAUUACAUAGGAAUGCAUUACCGUGUAUGGGUGGAAGAAGUUACUGCGAUCAACCCAAAGGAGAAAUUUAUCUGUGCAGAGAAAAUAAUUGAGAAACUGCCACUCGCCGCUCUUCGGGUAUUCACCCGCUAUCAUUUUGACAAGGAGAACAUUCAAUUGGCCACUGAAAUGGUUGAAGAUAUCGAACAAAGUUUCAUAGAAACUAUUCAGGGAUCCACGUGGCUCCAGCAGUCCACCAAAACUACUGCAAUUCAAAAAAUCAAGUUAAUGAAGAAAAUAAUUGGUUAUACGAAGGAAUUAGAAGUUCCAGGAGCGUUGGAUAGCUUUUUAGAAUCGCUUGAUCUAUCGAACGUCACAUCUUAUCUCGCUGUCAAUAUAGAAAUCGAUAGAUUUCAAAACGAACAAAACUAUAAUCACAUGGCUUCUCUACUCCCAUUUGCACCGGAUAAAAUGUUGGUCGGGGCCAAUGCCUUCUAUGAUCAACUCUCCAAUGUACUAACUCUAAAUGUCCCAUUUAUGGAUGACCCAUUCUUUGACUCAACAUUUCCAAACUAUGCGAAAAUUGCCAGUAUCGGAGAGGUAAUCGGUCAUGAAAUUGGGCAUGGAUUUGAUCCGAAUGGAAGGAAACGUGAUGAGAAUGGAGAAAGGAAGGAUUGGUGGACACCGGAAGAUUCUGCAGAGUAUGAUAAAAGAGCUGAGUGUCUGAUCAAUCAAUACAAUGAGUAUGAUGAUCCAACUUAUGGAAGAAAGGCAAGAAAAAAUUAUAUAAAUGAGUGA